UUCAGUUAUUUUCAUGUUGUAAUUUUGUCUGCUUGUUGAUUUUUCAGCCAUUGUAAAAUCUGUAAUGUGGACGUCCUUCAAAGUUCAGUUGAAUUGAAUAACGCUACACUCGGAAGAGGUACCUGACAGUGCCGUAUUUCAUUCGGGGAAUGUUGCUAAAGGCAAUGCAUUUGCCAUGUGUGUGUUCGCACCGUACGUUGGUGUACGUCAACCACGUGUUAUUGAGAUGAUUAGAAGUAGUCUUGCUCAGUUCGUAGCACAUCGUGUAGUCCAUUUGAAAAAGUGCAGCAACUAUUGUAUGAGAUAUAUAUCAUACAGAAGUGCCACAGAUUAACAAUAAAUAUGUUUUGUAUCAAUUUAAAAUGAUAUCUGACAAUGAUUUUAACCUGUGUAAAGGUGUCCUUGUGAAUCAUUAAAUAUAAAGACCACGUUUGACGUGCCGUACCUACAUCUUACUAUCUAUACCUAUACUCAACUGAGAACGGUGUUGCUGUGUUACAGGAUUUUUUUAUCGAUUUAACGACGUGUCUGUAUCGUACAGUAAUUCAUGGGGUUCAUUAUUAAGAGGUUAUGUUUGAUGUCCUGUAAGCAUUUGGAGUCCAGGAAUGACAUUAUGCUUAGGAAACUGCAAAGAGUGUACCAACUGCGUUGCACUUGGAGCAGGACCAGUAUUGUACCACGAAGAUUCUUUGCGGACGUAAAUGAUCUCAAUAGAAUCAAAUUUGAGGAAGAUUUCUCAUCAUCCCACAUAGAAACGACAAGAUUCCAGAAGUUCCUGUUAGCUGUUGGUUCAGCUGCUGUUUCGCUGUUGGACCCUAUGAGAGCAGAUAUGAUUGCGGUGAUGGGGGAAACUGCAGGAGACACUGCAAUUAAGUACAUGCUGCAGAAGAUGCAAUCAGAUAAUGAAGGCCAAGAAAUUCUUAGGAAUAGGCCACGAAUAAAUUCCCGCACAGUUGAUUUGGAGAAACUUCGACAGAUGCCAGAUGGAACUCUUGGGAGAACAUACAUAAAAUUCCUGGAUUCAAAUAAAGUGACGCCAGAUUCUCGGUUACCAGUGCAGUUUGUGGAUGACAUAGAACUUGCAUAUGUUAUACAGCGGUAUCGAGAAGUUCAUGACCUGUUCCACACCAUACUUGGAAUGCCUACAAACAUGCUAGGCGAAGUUACGGUAAAGUGGGUUGAAGCAAUUCAGACUCGUCUUCCAAUGUGUGUGGGUGGAGCUUUGUUUGGACCCCUUCGGCUGUAUCCAAAGCAGCGACAGAAGUAUGUGAAAUAUUAUCUACCAUGGGCCAUCGAGACUGGAACAAAUUGCAAGUUCCUCAUGAAUGUGUUUUAUGAACAUCGCUGGGAGCAGCCCAUCAAAGAGCUUCACAAAGAGCUACAUAUCAAAGCACUACAAGUUCCAAAGUCUUAAUGAAGAUGAUAUUGGGGGCACAACGGUAGCGUAGUUGGUUGAGGCACUGUGCUACAAAAAGCUGAGAGAGCAAAACAAUUGGUGAUGUACUGGGAUAGCUCAGUUGGUAUAGUGAUUGGCUGCAGGCUGGACAGCUGAGGGGUCAAGAAUUUUCUGCACGUCAUCCACACCUGUACAUGGGCAACUUUUUGGGGGUAAGAUACAUCUCCUAUAGCUUCUCCUACUUAGUUGUCAGCCUUGGCUUCCCAUGGCUUACCCUGUUUUCACUGAAGAGGCUGUGACGUCCAAGUUACAGUGGCAUAACUUACAGCGGUGCUGGAGGAAAUGUUGGCGCGCACAGCUUGUCGAGAAUUUUAAAGUAGCAACCCUAAUAAUGGACUGUGAUGCCUUGUCUGGCAACCAGUUGAUAACCUUCAUGAUAUUAAAGAAACAGGAAAGAAAUCUGUUUUGUAGUACUUUUAAUUUCUUGUAAUACUGGAAGGAUCUGUUUUUAUUGUCUACCAUUAGGCAUAAUAGCCCACCUGUCUAUCCAUUGUGCACCAUUGUCGUUUUCUUUAAGAAUAAAAGAGGAAGGUGAAUGAAGCUAA